AUGCCCAAGGUUCUCUUGAGUGGAGGCAGUGGCUUCAUUGCUGCUCACAUUGUUGACAUUCUGCUCGCGCAUGGCUUCGACACCGUUGUCACCGUGAGGUCCGAGGAGAAGGGCCAAAGGAUCCUAGAGGCUCAUCCAAACACGCCGAAAGAAAAGCUCUCCUACGUUAUUGUCAAGGAUGUCGCGGCAGAGGGUGCCUUUGAUGAAGCCGUCAAAUCUGACCCACCAUUUGACUAUGUCCUGCAUACUGCAUCGCCCUUUCACCACAAUGUUCAAGAUCCAGUGAAAGACUUUUUGGACCCCGCCAUCAAGGGAACAACCGGUAUACUGAAGGCAAUCAAGGCCAAUGCUCCAACGGUGAAGAGGGUCGUUAUCACUUCCUCAUUCGCAGCGAUUGUCAAUGCCAAGAAGCACCCCGAAUCGUACAGUGAGAAGAAUUGGAACCCGGUAACUUGGGAGGAAGCCCUGAAUGCCUCUAAUACCUACCGUGCGAGCAAGACAUUCGCAGAAAAGGCAGCCUGGGACUUUGUAGAAAAGGAGAAGCCAAACUUCGACAUUGCGACUAUCAACCCGCCUUUUGUGUUUGGGCCUGUUGUGCACUACCUCAACUCACUAGACGCCAUCAACACUUCGAACCAGAAAGUUAGUAACCUGAUUCAAGGAAAGUGGAAGGACGCUAUUCCUCCAUCCGGCACGUUCCUCUGGGUAGAUGUACGCGAUGUUGCACUUGCGCAUGUCAGGGCUAUAGAGGUCCCAGAGGCCGGUGGUCAGCGUUUCUUUGUCACUGCCGGCUAUUACUCAAACAAAGAGAUUGCAGACAUAGUACGAGAAACGCUCCCUGAACUUGAAGAUAAAUUCCCCCCGAAGGGCUCUUCGAGUGAUUUGCCAGCGGACAUCUACAGCUACGACAACAAGAGAUCCGUGGAAGUUUUGGGCAUCCAAUACCGGACGUUGAAACAGUCCAUUGCUGACACAGCCAAGUCACUUUCGUCUAUUGGCGUCUGA